CCCUCCUAUGCUUUGAAACUUUAGCCUCUUGAAUCCCUCCCUAGCUAUAACUCUGCAGUUAAAUCUUCUUUGUGACGCUUAUCAUUAACAUUUCUCUUUUGUUAUAGUUAAUAUUUAUUCAGUUGAGCCAAUGUCAAUCUCAGCAAGUUCAGGGGAUUUUGAGAUUCUCCCUGCCACAGAUGAUGCCCAUGGAGGAGUCAUUAUAGAUUUGAAGGAGCCAAUGGACUCUGAAAUUUUUGUUACUUUGCUUAGAACGUCGCUCUCACAAUGGAAGAAACAGGAGAAAUGCGGUGUUUGGAUCAAGUUACCUACAGCACUAGUUAAUCUUGUUGAAACUGCAGUUAAGGAGGGUUUCGGUUACCACCAUGCUGAACCAAACUAUCUAAUGCUAGUUUAUUGGAUUAUUCCUGAAACAAGCUGCACAAUCCCUCCAAAUGCAUCCCACCGUGUAAGGGUCGGUGGUCUUGUCUUAAAUGAUAACAAAGAGGUGCUUGUAGUCCAGGAAAAAAGAGGUAUAUUCCAUGAAAUUGGCCUUUGGAAGAUACCUACCGGAAUAGUUGAAGCGGGUGAGGAGCUUUCAGCCGCAGUUGUUAGAGAAGCAAAAGAAGAGACAGGAAUUGAUACAGAAUUUGUGGAAUUACUGGCAUUCAGGCACGCACAUAAUUCAUUCUUUGGGAAAUCAGAACUAUAUUUCCUUUGCAUGUUGCGUCCUCUUUCUACUGACAUCAAAAAGCAAGAUUUGGAAAUUGAUGCUGCCAAGUGGAUGCCGUUUGAGGAAUAUGCUGCCCGUCCUAUUACAGAACCCUUCAAGUAUGAAAUUGAGUUAUGCUUAGCAAAGUUAGAAAGGAGCUAUGCUGGAUUCUCUCCACGACCUAUCUCAUCAUAUUACAAGGAGGAAUUGAGUUAUCUAUAUUUAAAUAGCCAUGACUUGGACAAAUCUUCGAAAUCAUUCGAGGUCUUUAGGUCUUAGCUAGACAAAAGUUGAAUGAUAUCGGUUUCUCACUAAUGAGAUGCUAAUUAGCUGCA